AUGCUCGCAGUUGGACUUUGGGCGGUUGUCUUGCUGGUGGUCGCAGCGGAUGAGGACUGUUCACUGCUGGUGGUGAAUUCCACGAUGGGCCAUCGCAUGUAUACGAAAGAUGGGUAUUGUGCAGAAAAAGCCGGAGACCCUGGGACGACCCUUUGGGAUAAUGUGCUGGAGUUUGAAGGAAUCAGGGGGGCAACCUUGCACUCCGUGCGUUUUUAUCCCAAAUGGUAUGCCUUUCCACCAGGUCAGCCGAUCCGGAAGGACUGUGUUACAUGGGGCGAUCGGACAUACCUGACCUUCAGGGUGGGCAGGUGGCCAUCUCAUGAUGUGCGCGAUGAGUUUAUGUAUGGCACAAACAAGAGCAACAUCCUGAAGAGUCAUGCCUCGGGUGUCAAAGGUGACCAGAUCCCUAAGAAGCUGAACUUCGUUUUCGAGGGCCAUGCCACUUCCUCUUUCGGCUUGGGGUACGAGAUCGAGUUGCUAACUACUGCAAGCCUGUUCAAGCAGAGGGUCCGUGGUACCAAGAUGCUCGCAGUUGGAUUUUGGGCGGUUGUCUUGCUAGUGGUCGCAGCGGAUGAGGACUGUUCACUGCUGGUGGUGAAUUCCACGAUGGGCCAUCGCAUGUAUGCGAAAGAUGGGUUUUGUGCACCAGAAGUUGGGGACAGUGGGACGUGCCUUUUGGACAAUUGGCUGGAGUUUGAAGGAGACUAUGCCUGUGUGGACGUAGGAUCUGAUUCCCGCCUCAUGGACGCCCGGGACGGUCCUGGUCUCACCGAUUUCGAGACCAGCUGCUUGGCCUCUCGCGAUUUAGGAUUUGAGGACAGACUUCUGAGGUCCUCUUGGCUCAGAGGCAGGGUCCGUGGUACCCAGAUGCUCGCAGUUGGACAUUGGGCUGUUGUCUUGCUGGUGGUCGCAGCGGAUGAGGACUGUUCACUGCUGGUGGUGAAUUCCACGAUGGGCCAUCGCAUGUAUACGAAAGAUGGGUAUUGUGCAGAAAAAGCCGGAGACCCUGGGACGACCCUUUGGGAUAAUGUGCUGGAGUUUGAAGGCACGAAGGGGGCAACCUUGUACUCCGUGCAGUUUACUCCCAAAUGGUAUGCCUUUCCACCAGGGCAACCGAUCCGGAAGGACUGUGCUACAUCCGAUGGGACAAAGCUGACCUUCAGGGUGGGCAGGUGGCCAUCUCAUGAUGUGCGCGAUGAGUUUAUGUAUGGCACAAACAAAAGCAGCAUCCUGAAGAGUCAUGCCUCGGAUGUCAAAGGCCGCGGUUGGGCAGUUUCUCAACCACUGAACGAAGAUAUCGACAGUAACCCCAUGUUUCCGCGGGUCCGUGGUACCAAGAUGCUCGCAGUUGGACAUUGGGCCGUGGUCUUGCUAGUGGUCGCAGCGGAUGAGGACUGUUCACUGCUGGUGGUGAAUUCCACGAUGGGCCAUCGCAUGUAUACGAAAGAUGGGUAUUGUGCUCAAAAGGCCGGAGACAGUGGUACGACCCUUGAGAACAAUGUGCUGGAGUUUGAAGGAACGAAGGGGGCAACCUUGUACUCCGUGCAGUUUACUCCCAAAUGGUAUGCCUUUCCACCAGGGCAGCCGAUCCGGAAGGACUGUGCUACAUACGAUGGGACAAAGCUGACCUUCAGAGUGGGCAGGUGGCCGUCUGAGGAUGUGCGCGAUGAGUUUAUGUCGGGCACAAACAAAAGCAGCAUCCUGAAGAGUAGAGUCAAGCUGGAUUGGAAAUGUGACCAGAUCCCUGAGAAGUUGAACUUCGUUUUCGAGGGCCUUGCCACCUUCGUCUUUCGGCAUGGGGACGGCUGGUUUGGACGUGAGGUCAAACUUCGCUUUGCCCAAGGGCACAACAGUGGGAAGGCCUACAACUGGUGGAUGGGCAGUCCAGAGAUUUGUCACUGCCCCGACUCCGACAACCCUCGCUCCGAUGGUCUAGUUUGUGGGGAGCUUGGCUUUUUCCCAUACAAAGGGCCGAACAGCCACAAGUUCUACGUCUAUCUGCGGCCCAUUUGA